AUGGCGUCCACGGCCAUGGCGUCGAGGGCGACGUCGUCCACGGCGGUGCGGUGUGGGAGACGCGGCGCGCGCGCGACGGGGGGGCGCCGGGGCGCGAGGGCUGGGAAGACGCGCGCGGGGGCGUCCGAGCUCGCGGCGGUGGACGCGGUGAUCGAUCUCUUGCUCGAGGCGAAGGACGAAGAGGAGCUGGCGAAGACGGUGGCGGAGAACGUGCUGGCGUUCGAUCAGCAAAUGUGGAUGCGAUUCGCGUCGAGGAGCGACGGGGCGGAGACGGCGGAGGAGAAGACGCGGUUGAUGGAGGCGGCGGGCAAGUGCAUGAAGCUCGUCGAGGCCAUGGUGGAGCGAACGGAGAGCACGAUCGAGGAAGCGAGCUCUGGGGUGCAACAGGUGGUUGGCGCCGCGGCGGAUCCCGCGAGCGGAGAGUUUGACGUGCCGCUCAAGGCGGAUGCGCUCGAGCGGAUGAAGCGCGCGCUGGAGACGGUGGCGGUGGACGAACGCAUGUUGAACACCAUCUACGCUUGGAUUCGUAAGUCGGACGAAAACGGUCUCGAUGGUAUGGUGCACAUCCUUCAACGGUUGCUCCAGCUCUACGCCGCGCGGGAGUUGGACGAGAAGAAGACCCCGCUCGACACGGUUAUUCGCGCCACUGCCGAGGAAUGGACGAUGCACUUCAUCGAUGUCUCGAAGGACGGUUACAGCGAGACCGCGUUCGUGAAGGAUCUUCAGCGACGCAUGGAAGGCGUCGUACUCAAUCUUCCCAACGGCUCCUACGCGCAGCGCGUGCAAGCGGAGUACUUAAAGGAAAUUGAGGACCGGGGCAAGGAAUUCUUCGCCAGCCAGCAAGCCUAG